CUGGGCUGACCUGUGUCAGUCAUUCUGGUUGCUGGCAGGGUUGGUUUUCACAUCCUCAGACUCCUAUCCAGUGCUGAGCUUUUCUUUGCCGGUCUUUGUUCCAAUGCAUUCAGAAGUACAGAUCUUAUAAUUACCAACACACAUACCCCAUCAUGUCGUCGACAUUGGUGGCCCGCCUCCCCGAAUUACGGCGGAACAUUUGCAUUCGAUGCGCCGCGCUCCCAGUAGCCCAUUUCAGACAAAACCAAGCGAGAUGGGUAUCACAAAAGGUCGUGGAGAAGCGCAAGACAGGAGAGGAGGAGUGGGCAAAACGCGCCACAGCAAUUGAGCAGGGUGAAAUUCAGAACAUCUGGGAUGUAUUCGAGGAGCGAGGUUACGUCAAGGACGUCGCAGGGCGCACACCACAGGUCAAAGAACUGUUGCGGACCAAACGAAUAGGCGCAUACGUCGGCGUCGAUCCCACGGCCGCGUCCCUCCACGUCGGCCACCUUCUCCCCUUUAUGCCCCUUUUCUGGAUGUACCUCAACGGGUACACGGCCGUAUCGCUGGUCGGAGGCGCGACGGGCAGGAUAGGUGACCCAACGGACAGACUGAAGACGCGCGAGGUCAUGGCGAACAGCGAAGUCUCAAUGAACAUCACCAAGAUCCACUACCAAUUGAAGAAGAUAUGGGCAAAUGUGGAAGCUCUGGGGCGAAAGUACGGCCACGAGGCGGACUGGGCAGCCAAGAGGCAUCUCGUGAACAACAACAUGUGGUGGCAAAGCUUGCCAUUGUACGAUGUCAUGAAGAGACUGGGCCGCUUCAUGCGGAUAGGGCCCAUGCUCGGCCGCGAUACAGUCAAGAACAAGAUGGAAAAGGGCGACGGCAUGUCCCUCGCAGAAUUUACCUACCCUCUGAUGCAAGGAUGGGACUUUUGGCACCUGUACUCCAAGCUCGGCGUCCAGAUGCAAAUUGGAGGCUCAGAUCAGUUUGGAAACAUCGUGACGGGCAUCGAGGCCGUCAAGACGAUCCGCGCGUCCGAGGAGAACCCCAACAUGCGCAUGCCCGAUACCUGGCGAGACGACCCCAUUGGCUUCACGGUGCCUCUCCUGACGGAUAGCGCGGGCGCAAAGUUUGGCAAGAGCGCCGGCAAUGCCGUCUGGCUCGACCCCUUUAUGACGAGCGCCUUUGACCUCUACGGUUACUUCGCCAGGCGAUCCGACACCGAAGUCGAGCGGCUCCUCAAGCUCUUCACCUUCCUGCCCACCGCCAACAUCGAGAAGCUCAUGGUCGACCACGCAAAGAACCCGCCCGCGCGCGUCGCGCAGCACACCCUCGCCUUCGAGGUGCUCUCCCUCGUCCACGGCGCCGACGUCGCCAUCAGGGAGCAGCAGCAGCACCAGUUCAUGUACAGCAAGGGAUCCGGCACCCAAUUCGUGGGCGCCUCCCCCGAGACGCCGGGACAGGACAACACCGUGGCCCCCUACAAGGCCGUGGAAGGCCACCCGACGACCCUCAACAACGCGCCCAAGAUGGACAUGCAGCUCCCCGAAAACCUCAUCUACAACCAAGGCAUCGCCCGCAUCCUCUACGCCGCGGGUCUCGCCACCUCCGUCAGCGAGGGCCACCGCAUCGCCCGCGCCCAGGGCGCCUACGUCGCCGCCGCGCCCGGCAAGGACAUGCGCGGCCUCGUGCCCGGAAAUCUCGACUGGACGCCCGUCAAGCUCUGGUACCCGCAGGACGUGCCCAAGUUCCUCAUUGACGGACGCGUGCUCAUCAUCCGCAAGGGCAAGCACAACGUCCGCAUCAUCGAGGUCGUCAGCGAUAAGGAGUGGCAGGACAGCGGCAAGGCCUACCCGGGCGAGCCCUUCAAGGGCAAGACGCGCGUGCUGAUGCAGCAGCUCAAGGAGCUCGCCGCGGCCGAGGGUCGCAAGCUGUCGCGCCGCGAGCUGGAGCAGAUGGUCAAGGAGAAGCUGGCCACCGAGGAGGAGGAGGUGACCGUUGCGAAUAACCCGGAUAUCAAGUUCCCCAAGAAGAGCGAGCGUCAGCAGGCGUUCGAGGAGGGCAAGUCGCGGGAGUAAACGAGAGGCUGCCACAGCGCUUCUCGUCUUUCGAAAUGUUUUGAUGUAUCACACCCGAUACCAUGUGCAAAUAUCUGUACAAUGACCUGUACACUACCAAAAACUUAGAACAAUGUAAAACCACCAUGCUCAUGACAACAUCUUUCUCUCUCGCUCUCUCACACUUCCCCAAGAUACACCCUCAACGAUAAAACACAGUCAGAUCCCCGCUCGGCACCGGCAAAGCCUUGAGCUUCUCCAUAAUCUCCCCAUCCGUGAGAUUCUUCUCCGUAAUAAUCUGAUCAAACGAGUGACACCCGUCCGUAUACACCUGCAGCGCGUCCCCUCCUCCCCCGCCACCAGCUCUGGGCCGCGCCUGGCCCGUCGCCAAGCCCGCGAGGUACUGCUUGGACACGACGUACUUGUGCACGCGGUACAGACACCCCUUGAUGACGCCAAACUGCACCAGCCGCCGGACGUCCACGUACCUCAGCACGUCGAACCCGGCCUCCUGGUGCGCGCGCAGCCACUCCAUCACGCUCUUGCCCACACAGAAGCUCGUCAUGAGCUUGAUGAGCAUAAAGUUGCUCACGCGCUGCCGGGCGUGGAUGCACACGUACGCCGCGCACUCGUCCACGAUGCCGUCCCGGUCCGCGACGAAGUCGUGGAUCCCGGGGCGGGGCGCGUAGCAGCUGCCGAAGAAGAACAUGUCGAGCAGCAGGACGGUGUCGUAGUACAGCAGGUGGCGGAGGGCCAGCGUGGCGAGAUCGAGCGAGACGUCGGCGAGCCAGGCGAUGCGGCGGACGUCGUUCACGCCGUCAAUGUGCGCGACGACUUUCUGCAUCGUCAGGUCCCAGGUCUGGUCGACGAUCUCGGCGAAUUUCAUCUUGGCGACGGGGACGUGCCAGCCGCGGACCUGGGGCGGGCUGGCGUGGUGCGGGAAGAGCUUCAUGUUGAUGGUGUUUGCGUCGUCUUUUUGGGCAGCCCUCCGCGGUCAGCGAUGUCUCGAGAGAUUGGCGAUGCGCGGAACAGGAGAGCGAAAAGGGGGAGAGUGUGUAACUUACCAACAGGAAUCAUGCACUCG